CUCCACACAGUCCCUAUCUGCAUUUAAACACCCUCCCCCCCACUACCACAGUUUGACCCUUGUGUACAACUCAACUCGAAUUCCCAAUCCCACAAGAAUCGGAAGGGGAAAGAAAAACCAAAAAAACACAAUGCCCAAAAAACCCCCACCACCAACCACCAAACCCAAAACCAAACAAUCAUCCCCCUCCAACCCCCCAAAUACAUUAUCAACUACCCCCAAAAGCAUCCCCUGGCCGCCUCUCCCCCCAUCCCCCAAGAACCCCUACUACUACCCCAGCAAACCAACCCUCCACCUCCUCAUCCCCAACCAAGCCUACAUCAUCCCGGAUUUCUUCGCGGCCCCGCUCUGCAAGACCUACACCAACUUCCUCGCCUCCCUGCCGCUGGUGACCACGCCGAACAAGCCCAAGAAGGGGGACGCGGUGCGCGUCAACGACCGCUUUCAAGUCCAGGAUGACGGGUUCGCCGCGCAGUUGUGGGAGUAUACCAGUCUCCAGCGGUGUGUGACGGGAAGGACGAAUCCGGUGGAGGAGAGGUUGUAUUCGUAUGAUGAUGAUGAAGAGGAAGAGGUGACUCGUCAGAUCGAUAGAGAGGAUGACGUUCCCAGCAAGAAUGGGAUGUGGGGUGGGGAGCCAUUGGGGUUGAAUGGGAAUAUUCGGAUUUAUCGGUAUACUAAGGGCCAGUUCUUUGAUAAGCAUUACGAUGAUUCCAACACCCUUACUUUCAACACGCCAGGGCAACCGGCCAGGCCGGCGCGCACAACAUGGACCCUGCUCAUCUACUUGACGGCCUGUGAGGGCGGAGAGACGAUCUUCUACCCGGAGCCCACGCGGAAGGACCGCAACCCCCAGCCGGUCGCGGUGAAACCCGUGCCGGGCAUGGCGCUGCUGCAUCGACAUGGUGAGCAUUGUAUGCUGCAUGAGGGGGCCGAGGUCCGGAGCGGGGAGAAGUGGGUGUUGCGGAGUGACCUGGUUGUUGCGCGGUGAAAUUACUUGUCUACACAUCACCAACAUCCCAGUCAAAAGCUUCGGGAAAGUACAGUACUCUACCGAAAGUGCUCUACAGGCUAUACAGGCCUACCACGACUGACAAAAGAAUAUGUAUCCACCAUUGUCAAAGACAUAUUAUGAACAAAGAAAACACCUGGACGAACACCGGACCACACCGGCGCGUCCACUAUUAGACACAUAAACAGGAGGUUGCAUCUGUCUGAAAAU